UCAACUCUUAUCAUGGGUAAUUUUCUUCAAGAUGGCCUCUACGAUGUGUUUAUCUUUUGGUUGUGCUUGAGGAAGCUGAUGCAAGAAUAGCACAGAUUUCUUCUGAUCACACCACCAGCAGCCUUUCUGCUAUUUCCUUUUAGCCGGGUAAGCUCAGAAGUCACCUCAGUCGCGUAGAAUCAAUGCAUGGCAAGCCUCACAAACAAACUGUGAGACCACUCUGAGUUGGCUCAUUUCAGAGGGAUCUGAGUUUGUUUACAUCUUUCACAGAGGCCAUUCUCCUUUAGCACUGAAUUGAUUUUUUUCCUAUAUGUUUGAGCUAAAUGGGGUGACGGAGUAUCCUUGUACAAUUAGAUGCUUGUGCAUUCUGCCAGUCUAAAUCCCACCCCUACCCGGCACCCCCUCACUCUGACCCAGCCUCUAACAACCCCCCAAUCUCCCCUCCCCAAAGGCUUCCUCCUCCUUAGUCUACCGUAGUCCUGGUUUGUUUUGGCAGAAGAUUAUUGUCCAGCCAGUGCUUGCACAGGGCUCCCCCCCCACCCCCUCCACUUCUCCACCUCGCCAAAAAAGAGUCCCAGGCCAGACUGUCAUCUGCAGGUCACCACCAUGCCCGCUGAUUCUGCUGACAGUCCCGGACAACGGCAAUGAGAUAAUGUCAUUCCAGAGAGAUCCGGGCUAAAGCCUCUCUUUCUGUGGGACAGGUAUAUAUAGACGGGACGGCGGGGGUGGAGGGUCACUCACCACUGGGGCUCAUCGUCUAUCCUGCUGCCUCCAUCUUUCCACACUUGCUCACCUGCUCGCUCCUCACGACUCUGAAUCCAUUCGUAGACCGCAGCACUUCCUGAGCCCCAGAUCUAGACACUAUGGAUAUCGCGAUCCAGCACCCCUGGUUCAGACGUGGGCUGGGACCCCUCUACCCCACCCGUCUCUUCGACCAGUUCUUCGGGGAGGGCCUGCUCGAGUACGACUUCUUCCCCUACAUGGCCCCCAGCAUCAGCCCUUACUACAGACAGUCUCUCUUCCGGAACUUUCUGGAAUCUUUCAACGCUGGCAUCUCUGAGGUGAGGUCCGACAGGGACAAGUUCACAAUCUACCUGGACGUGAAGCACUUCUCCCCCGAUGAGCUCAGCGUCAAGGUGAUGGAUGAUUACGUUGAGAUCCAGGGCAAACAUGGAGAGCGGCAGGACGACCACGGCUACAUCUCGCGCGAAUUCCACCGCCGUUACCGCCUGCCCUCCAGCGUGGACCAGUCGGCCCUCACCUGCACGCUGUCCUCCGACGGCCUCCUGACCUUCUGUGGUCCCAAGGUCGCCACGGGAACUGACUCCGGCCGCAGCGACCGCAACAUCCCAGUCACCCGCGAGGACAAGGCCAACUCCGCCCCCGCCUCCUCUUAGAUGGGCGUGGCUCGCAGCCUGGCAAGAGUUAGGGCAUGAGGGGGUGGGGGAGGGGGGGUGGUUGGCAGUUGUGGGGAAGCACCUACUUGAGGAACGGUAUCACUUAGGGGGUGGUGGGAGGAGUGUCUAGCUCCCAGCAACCCCCUCUACUACCCAAGAUGGCCCCCCUCUCCUCCUAACCCCAAGAGCCAUUUCAUAGAUAUCAGUGCAUGUCCAGUUGACUAUUUUCCUCUUUUCUAGGUAAACUAUUAUUAAUACUGACAUACAUCUUUUUACAAUUAUUAUUAUUAUGAUUAUUAUUAUGAUUAUUAUUAUCUGUGAUUAUGAGGAUGGACUGAGAGGAAUGGGGUCUAGUGUUAAGUGCAUUUUGUUGUUCGGUCUGAAGAUUUGAAUUUCAGAGAGAGUCCACCAACGGGACCACCCAUCCACCUUCUUCCACUCCUGUGUCCACUCUUUCAAACACUUUAUCUUCUUUUUUUGUCAGCCAAUCUUUCCUGUCCUGUAG